UUGCGGCACCGAGCGUCGCCGCCGACGUGGGUGGGGGGGGGAGAAGAUGGACACGCAACAAGGUCGCGAGCGCGUCUGAAUCGCGCGUAUCGACCUCCAAGAUCUCAAGACGGGAGGCACGAUGAGCGAGCAGGUGUCAGUCACCCCGAGCUGGCUGACCCCUGACCCCAGCUGGGUCAGCAGUGGUGGUGGGAGCAUCGAGAACCUGACGGCUGAAACGCCUCCUCCAGCUGCUGUUUUACCGCCAAAGUCUUCUGCCGAGCUGCUGGUGAACCCGUGGGAUAUAGUGCUGUGCACGUCAGGCACGCUGAUAGCCUGUGAGAACACCCUGGUGGUUCUGGUGAUAUGGCAGAACCAGGCCCUGCGCGCUCCCAUGUUCCUGCUGAUCGGUAGCCUCGCGCUGGCUGACCUGCUAGCCGGCGUGGGUCUGGUGCUUCACUUCGCCUUCGCCUACCUGCUGCAUUCGGACUCCGCCCAGCUGCUGACGAUCGGCCUGGUGGUGGCCUCAUUCUCUGCCUCUGUCUUCAGUUUGCUGGCCAUCACCAUCGAUCGCUACCUGUCGCUGUAUUACGCGCUCACGUACAACUCGGAGCGCACAGCUGCCUUCACCUACACCAUGCUGGUGCUGCUGUGGGGCGCGUCCCUGUGCCUUGGUCUGCUGCCCGUCACAGGGGUAAACUGCCUGAGUCAGGAGGACGCGUGCAGCGUGGUGCGGCCGCUCACUAAGAACAACGUCGCAGUCCUGUCCGUGUCCUUCCUGCUGCUCUUCGGACUCAUGCUGCAGCUCUACGUGCAAAUCUGCAAAAUCGUCAUGCGGCACGCGCACCAGAUCGCCGUGCAGCACCACUUCCUGGCAGCCACGCCGCACUACGUCACGACACGCAAGGGCGUCUCCACGCUCGCCAUCAUCCUGGGAACAUUCGCUGCCUGCUGGAUGCCUUUCACCGUCUACUCGCUAAUCGCUGACUACACCUACCCUCCGCUGUACACCUACGCCACACUGGUUCCUGCCACCUAUAACUCCAUCAUUAACCCGGUCAUCUACGCCUUCCGCAACCAAGAGAUCCAGAAGGCGCUUUGGAUGGUGUGCUGCGGCUGCGUCCCGGCCAGUGUGGCGCAGCGAGCACGGACGCCCAGCGACGUCUAGCGUCCUCUAUUGCAUGCAGGUGUGAGACAAGGGGACAUAUACGUGUGGCCCUUCUUUUACGUCUUCCCCUUAUUGUGAUGUAACUUUGACCACUGCCACAUGGCCUUUUCUCCACCCCUCACCCUGGUGCCACUAAACUGCCACCAAAGCCUACAUACAUUUUUUUUCCUCCGCCAAGCAUCCGCACAUGAAAUGUAGAUGAACUUGCUGUUAAAAACACUGCGUGCUCCUUUCAAACGCCUCAACGGCAUCCCUCAGUGAAGGAGGAGGCUGAGACGAGGGGCCUCGUUCUCCUUUGCUGCAUUCUGCACGUGUGCUGAAAACCAAGCAGCCACGGAGAACUAAAAAUAGCCGUGGCGUCCAAUGAUCCGCGCCUCGUGUCAUCCGACAGAGAGAAAUGCAGCGAACGUCUCGCUCGAUCCUUCCGCUAUGUUUGCGUGGAUCGAUUUAUUUUGCAUUUUAUUUUCACCUUAAAGACACAAAUGUGCCCGAAUGUACACAAAUCAGACCAUGAAGAGCUAACAACAAUCCCCCGAAACAAAACCUGGCCUUUCUUUUUAUUUCUGGCCACAGGAUGGUGUCAGUGGUUCUCCCUCUGCUCAUUAUGCAGACGUAUUGUAUGAAUGAACCGGGGAUUUGUUUUGAAUGAAUGUACACGUUCCCGUUCAGUGGUGUCGCGUCGAAUUUGUAUUUUGCACUUCGUGCUUUACUUCCAGCUGAGCUCCGGUCCAAAUAACAACCGAUAAGAACAACGAAUUCAUCUACAUUCAUCGACAAACAUUUGAAGCGGUUUAACUGAAAGACACGCUCGAAAUAGGCCGGUUUUCAAGGGUUAACUUUCAAAAUACAGAAUUAACCAAAUCCCCCAAAUCACAUGCUUGUAAAUUCCCUGGAAAGCAUAAGGAAGAUAAUGAGAGCAAACACACAUGUGGCAUUAGAGACGAAAUCCGAACACCAGGUCAGUUCAUUACUGUGCACCGCUGGUCUUCAUCGUUGAUUUCGACGGUCAGAUGUGUGUUUGUCAGACAGUUUGUCGGGGGUGCUGAGAAAUAGUGAAGGGGGAAAUUUACACAAAUCUAAAUCAGAGCCUGUUUUGCACUCGAGCUAUCAGGCCAUGCAUUCACAAAGCCCCCACUUUUCUAAGAAUGGAUUCUUCCUGUUUAAUUCAUUUUAUUUGACACAAUAUUUGAAGCCGAGAGAUGUUAUAAGACCCCUCUAAACUCCACCAAUAGGAAGACGGCAUAGGAUGAGACCAAACUUCCCAGACAGCUGCAUGCACCAAACAGGCAUAACAUUUUGGCAUCAUAGCAUUACGAGUGGGGAGUGAAUAACACUGAUUAUCAAUAUGGUCCAAGGAAGGAAGUAGUGAACCGGCGACAGGGUCGUGGGUGGCCGAGGCUCAUUGAUGCUCGUGGGGAGCGAAGGGU